CUCAGCUGACUAGGACAACACGAUGGCCGCCAGCAUAAGCCUUCGCACGGCGCCGCUCCUCAAAACCUUUCAGAAAUCAUCGCUUUCCCACCAAUUUAGAUUCCUCAAGACAUGCCCUACGAGCUUUUCGAUAUGUUGCAAGACGUCGCCCAAAAUGGGGAGGAUAAAGGUGUCCUCUGGGCUGUGGAAUGGAGGUCAACUUUUAAGGAUAGCAGCAACUGCUUCAUUCCACACUUCAUCAAGCCUGAAAAAGCGGGAUUACUAUGAAGUUCUUGGUGUACCACGUAAUGCAUCAUCAAAAGAUGUCAAGAAAGCCUAUUAUCAACUUGCUAAGAAGUAUCAUCCAGAUGUCAAUAAGAAUGAUCCCUCAUCGCAAAAGAAGUUCACAGAGGUGUCAGAGGCAUAUGAGGUUUUAGGAGAUGAUGAGAAACGCCGGCAGUAUGACACAAUGGGCCACACAGCUGAGGAGAUGGGCAGGGCUGGAGGGGCUGGUGCAGGCAACCCAUUCCAGUCAGGGUGGCAGUAUCAGACUACAAUCGAUCCAGAGGAACUCUUCAGAAGGAUCUUCGGGGAUUUUGGGAGAGGAGGCAUGGACAUGGGAGACCAAGAUUUUGCAGAAUCAGCCUUUGGGUUUGGUGCAGCACAGGAGAUAGCUAUCAAUUUAACCUUUUCACAAGCUGCUCGAGGAAUCAACAAAGAUGUGACCUUGAACACAGUUGAUAUAUGUCCAAAGUGCACAGGGUCCCGAUGUGAACCUGGCACUAAGGCAAGUCGCUGUCAAUAUUGCAAUGGCACAGGCAUGGAAACAAUGAGUACAGGACCCUUUGUGAUGCGCCAGACUUGUCGAUAUUGCCAUGGGACGCGCAUGCACAUUAAGUUCCCCUGCACAGAAUGUGAAGGAAAAGGACAGACAGUACAAAGGAAGACAGUCACAGUUCCUGUCCCUGCAGGUGUUGAGGAUGGACAGACACUGAGGAUGACUGUUGGUAGGAAGGAGGUUUUUAUCCGCAUUAGGGUAUCCAAGAGUGACUAUUUCCGACGAGAUGGUGCAGACGUUCACACAGAUGUGACUGUGUCAUUGGCUCAAGCAGCACUAGGGGGAGCAACCAGAGUACAGGGCAUCUAUGAGGAUAUCACGCUACAGAUUCCAAAAGGCACACAAUCCCACUCCAGAAUAUGUUUGAAUGGCAAAGGCAUUAAGCGUAUCAGCACUUAUGGAUAUGGUGACCAUUAUGUCCAUGUCAAGAUAAGGAUACCCACAAAACUCUCUGCAGAGCAAGAAGCCUUAUUGACAGCUUUGGCCGAACUUGAAACAGACACACCAGGGACCAUCAAUGGCAUCACCUACACCAAAGAUGGUAAACAAGUUGCUGUCGAGGAAAAUGAAACUCUGAGGCAGAUCCGUGCUAUACUAAGGGGCAAUAUAGAAGAGAUUGUUGCUCGGAAAGUUGCAGAUGAUGUGGAGGAUGCAGCAGGGGACACAAAGAGACCAACAGAAGAUGAUAGUAAACAAGGAGACAGAGUUGGAGCCAAAAAGUAAAGGACAUGAAAUGUGAAGCACUGUAUGUCUUGGUUUGUUAGCAGUAUCAGAAAGGGGAAAACAGAGUGGAAAACUUGAUUGUAAUUAUUGUUCUGUCUAAUGUGUACAGAUAUAUAUUCUGUCUUGUUUAAAAACUCAGUCAGUCAGUCAGUCUCUCUCUCCCUUUCCUUUUCUCUUUCUUUCUUUCUCUUUCUUGCUCUUUCUCUCUCUCCUGUUUUUCUCAGGAAAGGCUUCCAGCUUUUACUAUGCAUUAUGAGAUUUGUAAGAUCAACCAUUUCUGUUGAUCGUCUUAUAAAGUGGUACUGUUUUCCCAAUCACAGAUGUAUCACUAUAAAUAUAUUUCUUAUUUUGUUUUUUUGUAUUUGUCUCACAUUUUUGCAGUGUGAUUCUCAAACCAGUACAGGUUAACGCAUAAUUAUUCUUCAUGAAGGGAUUUGUCUCCUUAAACUUUGCAAGAAUGUAGUGUAUAGCUGUGAUCAUGUUCAGAUUGAGAAUCAGUGUAGACAUUAAGCUGCAAAAUUGUUGCUUUGCAGUCAUGUUGCAAAUUUUGCUUCACUGUCAUGUUUUUCAGUAUUCUCCCUGAGCUGAAGGUGCAGAUGAUAAGACUAAUUGAAGUUUGCUGUUAACAAAUUUGAUUGUUAUGUUUAUAUAACUUGUAGAGGACCAUUGUAUUGAAUUCAGACUCCUGCAGCAACUUCUGAUCUCAUGGCUCAUAAAUAAAAAUUGCCCAUGCUUAACACCUCAGACAGAAUUCUUGUACUUUUGGCUUUGUAGAAUAGGAACAAUAUCAGAAUUUAAGUCAUGGCCUAUAUGAACAUAUCAUAGUUCUUGGCAUUCUCUUGAUUCUGACAAAUUUGUUUCAAGAAUGAUUAAUCUGCGGGUUAGUAGAGAAUGAAUUUAUGAGAAUUGGGUGCAAUUAAGAGUACUUUUGUUCUUAUCUUUGAUGUUGAAGAUAUGUCACACAGGCUGUGAUAGAAGAUUAGAGAUUUAAGAAGAAAAUGUAGAUUUUCCUAUUCUUCAAGACAUCGAAAAGAAAAGAUGAUUGUUCUUUACAAUAUCCUGGAAUAAAUGUCAGCAGAGUAUUAUGUUACACCAAUGUGAUAUAGAGCAGCACAAGAUUUCAUUUUCCCUUGGCAAGGAUAAGGUGCCACUAUCGUCUAUUACUAUCUGGGUAUAAAUUCAUACCUUUAAGAAAGAUUUACAGUGAAACAAAGACUUGGCCACACACUCUGUCUCAUAUUUUUAUAUGGUUGAAGAAGCGUCCCUGUUUAACACUGGAAAAUUCUUAUUAAAGAGAAAGGUAAAAAGAAAAAGUGAAAGAUGCUGUUAUUGUUUCAUGUUAUUAUAAUGUAUGGUUGAAAAUACAUGUACAGGUCUAUAGAUUCCAUAUUGUAUAUAGUGGAACAGUAUUGAAAUACACAAUACAGUUUUA